CUUGAGUUGCCGGUGCCGGGUCUUACAGCACCGUCACCCUGCUCAUUACUGCAACGUGUGUUUCCCCACAACCAGAGACUUGUGAUUCAGUUUGUGUACUAUGGGUCGCCGCAAGUCCAAAAGAAAGCCUCCUCCUAAGAAGAAGAUGACCGGGGAUCUGGACUCUCAGUUCACCUGUCCCUUCUGCAACCACGAGAAGUCAUGUGAUGUUAAAAUGGAGAGAACCCGAAAUACUGGGAUUAUAUCAUGCACCGUUUGUUUGGAGGAGUUCCAGACCCCCAUUACCUACCUGUCAGAGCCCGUUGAUGUAUACAGUGACUGGAUAGAUGCCUGUGAAGCAGCCAAUCAGUAGCCCUCGUGGAGUUGGAUACUUCCUAGGAACAUGCUGAGGCUGGUCGGUCGGUCUAGGCCCUUUUAGGAUAUAACUACUCGGAUAAUAUUUCUGAGAUGUUUAUGAUUGUUUUCUAUAUGGUCACUUGAAAUUUACUGCUGCCAUUUCAUUUACUGUAUGAGGUCUGAAGCAGAAGGCUUUAAAUUAAUCCUCUUUAGUUCUUCCCCUUUUUCAGAGCAGCAUUUCUGCCCACAAGUCAUAUACUGAUAUACUCUUGAGAUUUAUUACAUUAUUUGUUAUUCAGUGUUUCCAGAUUUAUCCUCUCACACUGAGCAGGGUUUUCUCAAUUCAAUGUAUUUUCUUUUUUGGAAUAUUUAGGACGUGCCUCAAAAGCCCCAUGUAGAUGAAGUGUGGACAUGCUUUUAAACAUUAGUUAAUGGUGAAGUAAAUCCUGCUUUUUAAUUAUUUUUUUCCCAGCCGGUAGCUAUUGUUUGCCAUACAAAUUAAGUUUUAUGCAGGAUACCUUUAGUGUAAAUUUAAAACACUAAUUAUAAGAAAGUCUUUCUCCAUUAUACACUGUUGGAAAGUAUAAAUGGGGUGUAGAUGUAGGGAGGACAUUUACUAGUAGGCAGCAUUGCCAAUCUUGAACAUGGUCGAACUCUGGGUGUGGAAUAAGUAUUAAUCUGAAAUAUGGUUCAGGUCAGCAACAACAGUGGGAUGAUGUCACAUUCAAUACUGAUAGCAUCUCUCCUGAACACAUUAGUGGAACUUUUUUUAAGUUUUUUGUUUCUGGUGUUUUGAAGAAGUGUACGAUCUGUGUUGAUCACCCUCAGGUAGCACUGACGUUACGGGUUUUAUUCAGUCAUAACUGUCGCAGCUCUCUUGAUGACAGCUGUGUUACAGCAUCUGGUCAUUCCACUCAAAAGAGGAACGAGAAUGUAAGAUUUAUGCUUGGCUGCCGAAUGGUUCUGAAUGCACCCAUGAUUUUCAGGUGAUUGUAUUUCAUCUUGUAGGAGGGAAAUGAUUUUUUUUAAAGCAAGUAUAAAUGAUCAUUGUUGUUCAACAUAAAAAAAAUCUUGUCUUAUCCCCAAAUCACUCAGUUGUUUUGUUUAAUUUCCCAUGCAAUGGCCAAAAGGGAGAAUGCUGGGGGUUUUUUUUUUGGUUUUUUUUUA